UUUCAGAGACAAAAAAAUCUAGAAGUGUUUACGAGAUCAGCUGUACUGAGAGCUUUGAACGUUAUUCCUGAAGAUAAGUUAAAACUGAAUUCCACAUUUCCUCCUCAAGUAACAGCAUUUCCUUGCCAGUAUGAAAAUAUAAGUUGUACACAUUCUCCGUUAUACUUAGCAGGUCGAUACAACAAAUACUCUCGUGAACUCUGCCAAACACCAUGGUUAAUUGAAGGUGAAAAGAAAAUGGAAACUUCUGUUCAAGAUUUAAUAGUUGAUGUGGUGAACAAAUUCAUCGUAGCAGAUAAAAUCGUGUUUUCUUCCUCUGGACGAGAGGAUGUAGAUGUCAGAAUGCUUGGAGAAGGUAGGCCAUUUGUUCUUGAACUGCUAAACCCACGGUCCAGAGAUGUUAGCCAAGAGUUCAUAAACAAAAUUGAAGAAACUAUUAAUGAGAGUACCAACGAAAUAGCUGUGAGAGACUUGCAAGACGUGAGGAAAGAAGACAUCCAUAUGUUGAAGGAGGGAGAAGAAGAAAAACGGAAGAUGUAUUCUGCAGUGUGCAUCAUGAAUAGGCCUUUGACAAAGGAUGAUAUUGAACAAUUGACAGGGCUUAAAAAUGUAAAAAUUCAACAAAAAACACCUCUCAGAGUCCUUCACAGACGGCCUCUUGCAGUAAGAGAAAGAGUAAUUUAUGAAAUGUUGGCAGAAAAGAUGGAUGAGCAUAGGUUUCAACUCAAUCUCUCAACCCAAGCAGGAACGUAUGUAAAAGAAUUUGUUCAUGGAGAUUUUGGUCGAACUGUCCCACACCUUGGAAGUAUUCUUGGUGCAGAAACUGACAUUAUUGAGUUGGAUGUACAGUGUAUAGAUUUGAAUUGGCCUCCUCAUAAGAAAAUCUGAAAAGUCUUCCAGAAAACCUGGUACCUCGAAGCACGUGGAAAGAAAUUGUGUCAAGAGUUGAUGGGAAGCAAUUAACACUAUUGUUAAUUAACUGCUGAAAAAACUUGUUUGUGCAGCACAGCAGGUUAAAAAGAGAAGGCUACAUUUGACCUAAUUUUAGCUAUCAGUAAUAGCCUUGAAACUGAAAUGUAUUAAACAUUUUGAUGCAGUGUAAGAAUGUUUGUUGUUCUGACUCUAAACCAAAGUUCUUAAAACACAGAAUACAACUUGGAAUUUAAGUUGAA